GGAAGUAGAAAAUGCUGGUAUGAUUUGGAUCCAUCUCUGGUGAUUUGAGAACGAGAUCAGCCAGAAAAAGGCCCGGAAAAGGGAAGGGGGUGGUAACUGAUAAGAGAAGAAACAUGCAAAUUUUGAUAGAUAUAAAUGUCGUGAUUUGGUCUCUUCUGUGUUGGGUUGACAUGCUCCCGGGGAGCUGCUCCGUCACCUCUCAUCAAUUAUCAUAAUUGAUGAGAUGGAGCGGAGAUGAUGUACGUUGAUAAUCAGCUGGCCGGCUAUACUUUCGUCCCGCUCUGUGUGAUAGCUGAUAGUCUGUAGAUGUUGCACACGUUCGUCGGAUGAAGAUAGUGAACUAGUAGUUGGGUCGAGAUAUUCGCCUCCGCAAUUUUGACUUUAUUGUGAUUAUGGUAUUUUUACUGGUGAUUUUUAGAUGAUAUUACCGAGGACAAAAUGAAGGAGUAUUGUCACCGACUGAGUCACGAGUGAGUGAUGGAAAUCAAGAUGAACAAGCGAGUGGUUCUUUCAUCAAGACCAGAUAUUUUUCUUCCAACACAGGAAUUAAUGCAAAACCAACUGUGGAGCACUUUGAGGUUGAGGAGUGUCCUGUUCCAGAAAUCAAAGAUGGUGCCAUCAUCGUUAAAACACUUUGCUUGUCAGUAGAUCCUUACAUGCGAUGUCGCAUGAACCUGGAUACAGGAACAGACUACAUGUCACCAUGGCGUUUGGACCAGACCAUUGAUGGAGGAGGGGUUGGUAUCAUUGUGGAGAGCAGACGACAGGGAUUCAGGAGGGGUGAAAUUCUUGAGAGUUUUCAUUGGCCAUGGCAGCUUUACGCCCUCAUGGAUUUGCAAGGAGUCAACUGCUUACUAGUCAAAAAGGUUGAUCCUUCCCUGGUUGAGAAACAUUUCUCCCUUAUUUGUGGUCUCUUUGGUCUUCCUGGUCAAGCAGCAUUCAUCGGAAUCAGGGAAAAGGGUCAUGUGAUUCCAGAAGCCAAUCAGUCCUUUGUAGUCAGUGCUGCAGCAGGGGCUUGUGGGUCACUUGCUGGUCAGAUUGCCCGUCUGCAGGGAUGCAAUCCUGUGGUAGGGAUCUGUGGUUCUGAUAUCAAGUGCUCUUUCCUCCUGGAAGAACUCAGCUUCCACCAUGCCAUCAAUUACCGUACCCAAGAUGUCUUCCUACGGAUCAAGGAAUGCUGCCCAGAUGGUGUUGAUAUUUACUUUGAUAAUGUUGGUGGAGACAUCAGUGACUCUGUAAUCAAGCAGAUGAAUGAAAACUCUCAUAUCAUCUUAUGUGGUCAGAUAUCAAUGUACAACUCUAAUGUGCCCUACCCUCCACCACUCUCUGAUGAUGUAGAACAGAUUAGAGAAGAAAAGAACAUCAUGAGGGAUCGGUUCUUGGUCCUCAACUAUGUGGAAGAAUUCCCUGCUGCCAUAGCUCAAUUAGCAACAUGGUGGAAUGAAGGCAAAUUAAAGUACAAGGAAACAGUUACCCAUGGUCUUCAUAAUGCUCCAGCUGCAUUUGUAUCCAUGAUGAAUGGAGGGAAUAUUGGCAAGCAGAUCGUCCAUGUUGCUGAACCAUGAGCCUUUUAGUAUAUGUACAUCAAUCUACGCAUAUUACCUAUCUACUAAUUUUUAAAGGGAAAGUGGAAAAGUACACCAAUGACUUGAACGUUGUAAAUUCAAGGUGAUAUUUGGGAAUAUGGUGGCAUGAUAAUGUUUCCAUAUUGAAACAUUCGCCACAUUUAUACUAGCAUAAUUCAUCUUUAGGCAAGUUCCAAAGUUUAAAUAGCAUUUUUAUAAAAGUAAUAGAUAAUGUCAAUGCACUGUAACUUUAAAGGAUGUGUGUUCCAUCAUCAAGUAAUAAAUGUAUAAGUGGCCAAUUUGAGUAUGAUCAGAAACUGUUGUAAUAAGUUAAUCGCAAUGAACAAUUGGCCUAUCUACAAACUGAUUCAAAUAUAUAGAUUCUUAUUGUCACCUAGUGAUAAAGUAUUCCUAUUAUCAUUUAGUAAUAAAUAAAUAACUCUUUAGGCCCUACGUGGAAUCCAGUUUGCAUAAGCAAUGUCUUAACAAGUUUUCAGGUUGUCAAGAACAGCCUUUGUUAAGGGUGAUGAAUUUGAAUAUGCUUGUAAACAGUUACAUUAGAUAUUAGAUGAUAUACCAGCAAUGAGUACACCAGCAAUGAGUCAAAGUGUCAUCCUUGCACAAAUUAUACAAAUUUAUAUCCUUUUGUUAUUCUAUUUUGGUAGGGAAGUGUCCUUGGCUAUAAUUGUCUGGAAUUUGGGUCAGCUCUUUACAAGUUAUUUGUAUAUCAUUGACAUGUAUUUGUUAGAAUAAAUUAAGAUAGUAUCUACUGAGGCUAAUAAGAAAGCUUAAAGAUAAAAUUUAAAUGAAAAUAAUCUCUUGCGUGCUAGAAGGUAAUAAUCAUUUUUUACUUUUCUUCAAUGUUCAUAAUGGGAGGUGGUGUUUUUAAUGGCUUUGGGGUUGUAAAAGGAGUAUUGCUCUAUGUGUGCCAGACUUAACUACUAAGUACUAGUACUUGAUCAAAAUGGAUACAUCAACACAAAAGGUGAUGUUCUGAACCAUGCAAUUAAUUGACCCAUCGUGACAUUGAGCAAUUCUUACUUUAAUAAUGACAAAUGUGCAUGCAGGUCACUGUAUUUAUCUAUAGAAAACACACUGAUGGAAGGGAAAAUGUAUGUUAACUUGGACGAAGUUUAAGCAAAAUUGGGACGUGAUUAUUUAGAUGUGUCUUAUAUAUUUGAAUUGAACUGUGAAACUUGCCAUCUGAGAUGAUUUUUCUGAAAAAGGUCAAGCAGCCAAGAGAUCCCCCCACACACACACCCCAAGAGUAUUUUUUUUUGUAUUAGAAAUGUCAUCCAAACUUUUAGAAGACAUGACCCAGUUAUUGAUCACUCAAAAUUAAAAUUGCUACAUGUCUCGACAAUGACUCUUGCAUUGCCAGGAGUAGAAGUAGAAUGUUCAUAAUAUUCCUGUCUUUACUACAAUUUCUUGCAAGCUUUCUUUAGGCAAAAUGAUAAAUGAUGUUCUAUAAUUUUGCAAGAAGAGUUAUACAAAUGAUUGUUAUGUGCGUGUUUGUUCUAUGUUUGUAUUUUAAAUGGAUAAUUAAUUUAAAAAGUGGCAUGCUUAAAUGAGAUACAUUAACAGUUGUUGAAAUAUUGGAGUAAAAUAUUAAAUAAUAUUAUAUCUGUGUGUUUUGAGAACAGUGAUUGAUUCUUCUUGCCCAUGAAUUAUUACUAAUAGGCUAAUUAUUCAAUAUGUACAGAAUUAUGAACGUUUAUAAUUUGGACUAAUCUAUUCAAAUUGUGUGAUGCUUCAUUCAAGCUUACCAUAAUAAAAAAAUAACCGUAAAUGUCAACAGUU